AUGCAGAGGACACACGCGGCUGGCUGUGCCGCCUACCGCCUGCGCCACUGGAUCACGGACCAGGUGGACGGCGGCAAGUACCCGGGCCUGGCGUGGGAGGACGAGGCGCGCAGCACGUUCCGCAUCCCGUGGAAGCACGCGAGCAAGAAGGAGUACAGGCACGAGGAGGAUGCCGCCGUCUUCAAGGCGUGGGCCAUCUUCAAGGGCAAGUACCGAGCGGGCGAGGACCGUGCGGACGCGAGCACGUGGAAGACGCGUCUGCGCUGCGCCCUCAACAAGAGCCCCGACUUCCAGGAGCUGAGCGACCGCAGCCAGACGGCGAGCGGCGACGCGUUCAAGGUGUACCGCAUCCUGCCCGAGGAGAGCACCACGCGAUGUGACUGUGCCCGCGACAGCGAUGAGAUCAUGCCGCCAGAAGAACCUGAAGAGAACCAGGAGGUGUCCAUGGCAGUGAUGGAAUCGGCGCCCUGGUGUUACAGCCCUGAAAUGCUGCUCAACUUCCCAGGCUACUACAUCAUCGACGUGCGGUUCUUCUACAAGGGCGCGCUGGUGAGCGAGCAGUGGGCCUCGCGCUUGUGCCGCGUGGGCCACCGCGCGCCGGCGGUGCACGACCCCAGCGUGUACGGCCCCAGCGACGCCGCUCAGCUCCUCUUCCCGCCGCCGGCGUCGGCCCUCGCCGCUCCGGGCGACGCGAGGCAGCGGGCCCACACGGAGACUCUGCUCGCCAACGUGGAGCGCGGCGUGCUGCUGAGCGUGACGGGAGAAGGCCUCUUCGCCCAGCGCCUCUGCCGGGCGCAAGUCUUCUGGUCGGGCCCCUGCGCCGAGACGCCGCCCGGAGCCCCCAACAAGAUGGAGAGGGGCCCCCCUGUGCAGCUGUUCAACACGCGGCAGUUCAUGGAAGAAAUGAAUCAGUACGUGACCUGGCACGGUCCGUCACCGCAGUUCGUCACCACCAUCUGCUUCGGCGAGGAAUUCCCCGACAUGGACGGCGCGAAGAAAUACGUCACCGUGCAGGUGGAGGCGCGCUUCGCGAGGCUGCUCUACGAGAAGGCCAAGGCGGAGGGCGCCUGCUCCCUGCGUGAGUUCGAGAUCUCCGCUCCCAACAAGGAGGACGAGAUCCUGGACAUCAUCAAGAGUCUGUGCGACAGCAUCGCCAUCUCCUCCUAGCGCCGCAGUUUCCUCUCUCGCCCUCCCUCCCUCCCUCCUCAUCGCUCCAUUCUUCUACCUUCCUCCUCCCAUCCUCCUCCCUCCUCCUCCCCCCUCCCCCCUCCAUCAUCCUCCCCCCUCCCCCCUCCAACAUCUUCCUCCUCCAGCACCUGAACCGGUCCUGGGCCACCUAGGUCGAUUCGGCCUAAAAUGGGUAACUGGGGCGGCGCGUAGCGAACGUCGCCACUGGGGAGACAAAGGCGGCUCCCGGCGUGGUUUCUGGCCACCCACCCUCUCGUGUGCCGUGCCAACCUAACUCAUCGGUGCUACUCCGCUAACAGCACUUGCCCCAACAGUCUGUUAAAGGCUACACACGGGGGAAGGGGGGUGGAUCUUUACCUUCGAUCCCAAUCGAGUAACUUGCAUGAAGUGAAAUUUUGUUUUCCAACUCGGCACGCGAUGGUGGCCCAACUCUUGCGAAGGGCGCCGCGGGGAUCAUUCAAUGUUCCUCGCGAAGUGACGCGCAGGGGCCUCGCUCUUCACCACCACCACCACCACCCGCCACCACCGCCCGCCACCACGGCCAACCAGCCAGGGCUGUCACGUGAACAGAACGUGGCCAAUUCGUCACGAGCACAGCACUAAGCGCUUGUGUGUCGGAGAGCCAAGACACAACCAUUUAUACUGGUAGGAACCUACUGGUUCCACCAGCCCACAGGGGAUUAUUGUGUCCGUCCG